AUGGGUUGGAUAUCUUCGGUCCUUGGUACCGGCCAGUCGUCAGACCCUCUUUCAAAACUCGAUCCAAGCCUUCGCGACUUUCUGGAGAAAGAAUCUCCCCUCAAAUACCCUUCGAACCAACCUACGAACCCUCCUCCAACAAAUCAGCAGCCCCGGGAUGCCAAUGCAGUGGCGACAAUUACAGAACAACAGAAGCCAGUCGUACCUUCAGCAAGCUUGUAUCAAGACGGUCGAUAUGCCCACCUCUGGAAGAACUACCAGCCGCUCGCCGAGAUUGAGGCAGAGACCGCAACCGAUCAUGAGAAGCUAAUGAGCGUCUUGGAGGCAUACAAGGAACGAAAAGAGGCCAUUGGCAAGGCAGCGUUGGAAAAUUGUGCUGAAUACCAAGAGGAGUGGGUGAAUUGCAUGAAGCAUGGAAGCUGGGAGGAUCAAAUACAGAUGUGUAGACAUCAAGUUCGAAAAUUCGAGAGGUGUUAUAUGAUGCAAUCACGUUUUCUGAGAGCGUUGGGCCAUGGGUCGGUGGUAGGCAGAUCGCCUGAGGUGGAAGAGGAUAUCCAAAUGCACGCCGACUCUCUUUAUCAGCGAAUGAUCAAGCACGAGGAGGCAGUCGAGAAGGCUAAGGCAGAAGGACUGCCCGUGCCGGUCUUCCAGACAACUUUGCCGAAAGCCAAGAAAGAUGCGGUCAUGCCCACUGAAGAACUUCAACAGCAAUGGAAGGAACAACUUGAUAAGCUACCAGCUGAUGAGCGUGCGGUUGAAGAGGCUGCUCUUCGUGCCGAUCUCCAGGCCAAGGCCGAGGUCGCCGGCAGCGUUCAGAAAAUUUGGGAUACACAGGCGGAGCAGAGGAAACAGCGGCAGGCAGAAGGAACAUCUACGUUUGGAGAUUACAUUGCAGCUUUGUUUGGGAAAUCUGGGAAAUAA